GCGUCACCACCUCCGGAGGCCUUUUCCUGUGGGGGGAGGGCGGGCCAAUGAGGGCUGGGCCUGUCACGUGGGCCUGACAGCUGGGGAGGGGGUGGCUGGGGACUAUGUGGUCCUGAGGUGGUCAGCUCCUGGAGCUGCGGCGCCGAGACCGCUCCACCCGCGCCUGCUGCCUGCGCUGCUCUGCCGGCCCCACCAUGUUCUCCAGGAAGAAGCGCGAACUCAUGAAAACCCCUUCGAUCUCGAAAAAGAACCGGGCGGGAAGCCCCAGCCCGCAGCCCUCGGGAGAGCUGCCCAGGAAAGAUGGGGCGGAUGCUCUGUACCAGGGACCCAGCCUGGAGCCACUGAGCUCCAACGCCAAGGCCACAGGCACGCUCAAGAGGCCCACGAGCCUGAGCCGCCAUGCCAGCGCUGCCGGCUUCCCUCUGCCCGGUGCCACUUCCUGGACGCUAGGCCGGAGCCACCGAAGCCCACUGACAGCCGCCAGCCCCGCCGAACCACCCGUUGAGGGGGCCUGGCCCGAUGCCGUGGAGGACAUCUCCCAGCUCCUGGUUGAUGUGGCCCGCUUCGCCGAGGGCCUGGAGAAGCUCAAGGAGUAUGUUCUACGUGAUGAUCUCCUGGAGGCCCGCCGGCCGCUGGCCCAUGAGUGUCUGGGCGAGGCCUUACGAGUGAUGCGCCAGGUCAUCUGCAAGUACCCACUGCUGAACACUGUGGAAACGCUCACAGCUGCGGGCACCCUCAUUGCCAAGGUCAAAGCCUUCCAUUACGAGUGCAACAAUGAGGCAGACAAGCAGGAGUUUGAGAAGGCCUUGGAGACCAUUGCCGUCUCCUUCAGCAGCACCGUGUCCGAGUUCCUCAUGGGUGAAGUGGACAGCAGCACCCUCCUGUCAGUGCCCCCUGGGGACUCGAGCCAGUCCAUGGAGAACCUGUACGGACAGGGAAGUGAGGGCGCCCUCCCUUGCGCUGAGGACUGUGAUGCUGGCUGCCUGCUGCCCGAGGAGGUGGACAUGCUGCUGCAACGCUGUGAGGGAGGCGUAGAUGUGGCCCUGAACUACGCUAAGAACAUGGCGAAGUACAUGAAGGACCUCAUUGGCUACCUGGAGAAGCGGACUGCCCUGGAGAUGGACUUUGCCAAAGGCCUGCAGAAGAUUGUCCACAACUGCAGACAGAGCGUCAUGCAGGAGCCCCACAUGCCCCUCCUGUCCAUCUACUCGCUGGCCCUGGAGCAGGACCUGGAGUUCGGCCACGGCUUGGUGCAGGCAGUGAUCACGCUGCAGACCCAGACCUUCAUGCAGCCCCUGAACCUGCGGCGGCUUGAGCACGAGAAGCGCAGGAAGGAAAUCAAGGAGUCCUGGCACCGUGCCCAGAGGAAGCUGCAAGAGGCAGAGUCCAACCUUCGCAAGGCCAAACAGGGCUACGUGCAGCGCUGUGAGGACCAUGACAAGGCCCGCCUGCUGGUGGCCAAGACGGAGGAGGAGCAGGUGGGCACUGGGCCUGGAGCAGGGGGCACGGUCUCCAAGGCCCUGGACAAGCGGCGGCGCUUGGAAGAGGAGGCCAAGAACAAGGCAGAGGAAGCCAUGGCCACAUACCGCACAUGUGUGGCGGAUGCCAAGACACAGAAGCAGGAGCUGGAGGACACCAAGGUGACGGCGCUUCGACAGAUCCAGGAGGUCAUCCGGCAGAGUGACCAGACCAUCAAGUCGGCGACCAUCUCCUACUACCAGAUGAUGCACAUGCAGACGGCCCCGCUGCCUGUGCACUUCCAGAUGCUGUGUGAGAGCAGCAAGCUCUAUGAUCCGGGCCAGCAGUACGCCUCCCACGUGCGCCAGUUGCAGCGUGAUGAGGAGCCUGAUGUGCACUAUGACUUUGAGCCUCAUGUCCCCACCAGCAACUGGUCCCCUGUCAUGCGUGCCCGGAAAGGCAGCUUCAAUGUUGGUGACGCUGCGGAGGCUGCUAGCGGCCCCCCUGAUGAAGGUGGACCCAGCGAUGGGAUGCUUGCCAAGGAGCGCAGGGGUGGGCGUGGACACCAGGUGCACAAGUCAUGGCCAACCUCCAUCCCAGACUCCGAUGGCAGUCUGGACCCCAGCCCUGGCUCAGGGGACUUUAAGAAGUUUGAACGGAUGUCAUCCAGCGGCACCAUGUCAUCCAGCGAGGAGCUGGUGGACCAGGAGGGCAGUGCAGGGGCAUCAGCCUUUGAGCAGGCUGACCUCAACGGCAUGACCCCUGAGCUUCCAGUGGCUGUGCCCAGUGGGCCCUUCCGCCACAUGGGACUUUCCAAGGCAGCCCGAACUCACAGGCUCCGAAAGCUCCGUUCCCCAGCCAAGUGCCGGGAGUGCAACAGCUAUGUCUACUUCCAUGGCGCUGAGUGCGAGGAGUGCUGCCUGGCCUGCCACAAGAAGUGUCUGGAGACCCUGGCCAUCCAGUGUGGACACAAGAAGCUUCAGGGCCGCCUGCAGCUCUUUGGCCAGGACUUCGGCCAGGCAGCCCGUGGCACUCCCGAUGGCGUGCCCUUCAUUGUCAAGAAGUGUGUUUGUGAGAUCGAGCGGCGGGCUCUGCGCACGAAGGGCAUAUACCGGGUGAAUGGGGUGAAGACGCGUGUGGAGAAGCUGUGCCAGGCCUUCGAAAACGGCAAGGAGCUGGUGGAGCUGUCGCAGGCCUCACCUCACGACAUCAGCAAUGUCCUUAAACUCUACCUGCGCCAGCUGCCUGAGCCACUCAUCUCCUUCCGCCUCUACCAUGAGCUUGUGGGGCUGGCCAAGGACAGUCUGAAGGCAGAGGCUGAAGCGAAGGCAGCGUCCCGGAAUUGUCCGGAUACGGCUGAGAGCGAGGCUGUGGCCAUGGUUAUGGUAGGCCGGUUGCGGGAGCUCCUGCGUGACCUGCCAUCCGAGAACAAGGCCUCACUGCAGUACCUGCUGCAGCACCUGCGCAGGAUUGUGGAGGUAGAGCAGGACAACAAGAUGACCCCUGGGAAUCUAGGCAUUGUGUUCGGGCCCACGCUGCUGCGGCCACGGCCCACAGAGGCCACCGUGUCCCUCUCCUCCCUGGUCGAUUACCCCCACCAGGCCCGCAUCGUGGAGACCCUCAUCACCCACUAUGACCUGGUUUUCGAGGAAAAGCCUGAAGAGAACAGGGGACAGUAUGGGAUGCCCACCCAGCGGGCUGAGGUGUUGCUCCAGGUACCCUACUCGGAGGCCAACGAGGAGGCUGCCUUCCCCCUGCAGGAAGAGGCUGAGGACGGAGGCCCAGACCUACCAGAAUCCCAUGUUGCCUCCAACGACUCUGACUCAGAACUGGAGGAGGCCCCAGAGCUGCUGUCCCCGGUAGAGGGGGGAGCCUUGCACCACCUCAGCUUCUUGGAGAAGCAGGGCAGUGAGGCCAGCGUGGAGGAGGCUGGGGACAGCGGCAGUGAGGAGCAGCUGGGACCCUCAGCUGGGGAGGAUGGUGACUGGGAGGGGCUGUCCCAGUACAACACCAACCAGUCCAACAAUGUAGCUGAGAGUCCGCUGCCCGCCAUGAAGCAUGGUGACAGGCAUGUCAUAGCAGGCACUGGCUCGGAGAGCAGGCCCGAGUUUGUCUAGCUGGGACCUCGGGUGGCCUGUGCUGUGGCUGGGGGCCGAGCACCACCCUGUUCCUGGCUCCUGUCACUGUGCAUGUCCCCAGGCCUGGCCAUACUGUGCCAGGCUCUGUGCCUAGGCUGCAAUGGCCCACAGUGGUGAGGGCAUCAACAGCCACCUUUUCCACAAGCUUCCAGGAGCAAGUCCAUGGUCCACCCAAUACCCCUUUGCAUGACCCGCUUGGCUGAGCUGGGGACUUUGCUCUCAGGAGUCACCAUGGGGCUCUGUGGACAGAGGAACUGCCUGAGUGACCCCAGCAUUCUGCUCAGGGCUGGCCACUCCUUGGACCUGCCCUGACCUGUAACUUUUGGUUGCCGGGCUGUGGAAGGCCACUCUGACAGCCAAACAAAUGUCAGGGACCAGAUGGCAGAAUUGGGUUUGGACAUCUGGGGUUUAGGUACAUGAUGGGAUCUCCCUUCACAUGUGUACAUAUUUUGCUUAAAAUAAAGUUGCUGCCCAGCUGG